AUGUCUCGUCAAACACAGCGUACCGUAGUGCCGGUACUGUUUCUUGUGAUGCAGUGUGUAAUUUCGUGCACAAGCAGUGAGUACUUUAAUGGGAGACCUUUGAUGGCGGACGCGUUACAACCUGCGGACAGUUCCUGCGAUCGUGAGGAUGGACUGCGUGUUUGUAUCGAUGAUGGAUGCUUGGGUGGUACGUACAGGAAGGGAAUGGCCGGUGAAGAUUUCGAGGCUUUUUUGGGCAUUCCCUUCGCUAAGCCGCCUGUCGGAGAGCUACGAUUUGCGGAUCCAGUGCGCAACGACCCAUACACCGACCAGCUGUAUAACGCCUCAUACGAACGAUCGAUGUGUCUGCAGCGGAAUGAUCUAUUACCGAAUCCACCGGUCACCGGUAGUGAAGAUUGUCUCUACCUAAACGUAUACCGUCCAAAGGGAUGCACUGACUCGACAAGCUCCAACUUACCUGUGAUAGUGUACAUCCAUGGGGGUGGCUUCUUCUCGGGCACAGGCAGCCCACUAGUGGUUGGUCCAGAGUACAUCAUGGAUACGAAGCGUGCGAUACUCGUCGCAAUCCAGUACCGGCUCGGUGUGCUAGGAUUCCUCUCAACCGGAGAUUCGGCCGCACCAGGCAAUGCUGGACUGAAGGAUCAAACGCUAGCCCUGCAGUGGGUCAAACAAAACAUAGCAAAGUUUGGUGGAAACGAUCAGUUGAUCACGAUCGUUGGACAGAGUGCGGGUGCUACGUCCGUGCAUAUGCAUCUGAUCAGUCCACUGAGCCGUGGACUGUUCCAUCGGGCAAUCAUGAUGAGCGGCAACUCGCUGGUACCGUGGAACAUUCCCACUAAGGACCCGCUAACAUUGGCCCGAGAUACGGGUGUCGUGGUGGAUAUUAUGAGUGCGGAGAAUCUGUCCAGCAAGAGCUUGAUCGCGGCACUGCGUGAAGUGCCUGGGGAGAAGCUCGUCGGUAGUACGUACAAGCUGAAGCUUUGGUCCGUCGAUCCUCUGACACUGUUCCGCCCGGUGGUGGAAUCGAAAAACUCACCCAACGCAUUCAUCACCGAAGAACCGAAAGAAAGCUGGCUCAAUGGGAACUAUCAGCAGAUCCCGUACAUGGCAGGAUACGUCCCGAACGAAGGUGCCGUCCGUGCGUUGGCAAUCUUCAAGAAUCCAGAGCUGUUUAACGAGCUCAAGAGUAACUUUAGCACAAUCCUACCGAUCCUGCUCGAGCGACCACCGACCAAGACACUGAUUGAGGAGAUACGAUCACGGUUCCUGAACGAUACUACCGAUGCGGAACCGAUCCGACCGGAUAAUCUGCAAGCGUUUGUUGAUCUAUACAGCGAAGCUGCAUUCAUCUAUCCCGUACAGCUGGGUGUCAAACAGUACAUCACCGUGGCGGAUACCGAUAUGGCACCGGCCAGCAUAUAUAAAUUAUCGUACAAAGGAAGAUACUCGUACUCUGUCGUCUACGCUGGUGGCGAUACCGGCGAUUACGGUGUGGUACACUGUGAUGAUCUAAACUACCUCUUCCGUCAACCGGCCAUCUUUCCCGACUUUCCGCCCGGAUCGCCCGAACUUAAGAUGGUGGACACGUUCGUUAACUUCUUCAUCGAUUUCGCCAUCAGUGGCCGAGCGAAACAGCUUGCACCUUACCGGGAAUGCAAGAACGAGAACCAGGUGUACCAAUCGCUCGACUGUGAUGUGCAGGAAUUUGCCCGGGUCGGUGACGAGGUGCAGGUCAACGUGAUCAGCGCCCGGAAUGAGGAAAUGUUUGCCUUCUGGAAGAAUUUCUAUUGAAC